AUGGUGGCCGAGGUGCCGCUGACUAUGGCGCCGCGCAAGAAGACCAAGCAGAAGAACCCCCAGGAGAAGCUCGACGAGUUUUGGAAUAAGUUCACCACUAAGGCUCCAGGCAAAGCCACUGCUAUCAUUCCCCAGAACCCGUAUGCUGAGAAGGCAGCCAAGCGUGCUUCUUCCAGAGCAUUUGGCGGCGGGCAGACGACGCAGGCCUCGUACGAGGAAGCUGCUGCGGUGUGCAAGGCCAAGGUGGCCAAGAUCAUCAAGGAGUGCCGGCGCGUGAACCAGAGGUACCGCGACCCGCACUUUGAUCUCGAGUUCGACUUGAAGCUAGGCCGUCGGGAUUGCCUCGACAGCUUGGAUAACGAGCGCGAGAUCGAGAGCGGGAGGAAGGGCGACGACGACGAUGUUGUCCGGCGCGAGCAGCCGCAGAAGGACCGGGCCGAGACGGUCAGCGGGUCUCGCGGCGGUGGCAUCCUCGGCCUGCUGAGCGAGGUGGAGAGGGAGAAUGAUCGCCGGCGGCCCGGGGACGGCGACAUGGACUUUACCUUCCGGCCACAGGCAGUGAAGAGAGUCCCGGACAUAUUCGAUAGCCCGCAGUUCUACAUCGACGGCCCCACAGCGAACGACGUCCGGCAGGGUCGUGACGGCGACUGCUGGCUGAUGGCGGCGCUGUGUACCCUCAGCAACAAGCCGGGCCUGAUCGAGAAGAUCUGCGUCGAUCACGACCCCGAGGUCGGCGUGUACGGCUUUGUCUUCCACCGCGACGGAGAGUGGUUCAGCGAGAUCAUUGAUGACAAGCUCUACCUCACUAAGCCCGAUUAUGACGAGGGCUUCCUAGAACGGAUCCUGUGGGAGGACCGUGAGCGGGUGAACUCUGAGGAGGCAUAUCGCAAGAUCUACCAGUCUAAUAGCGGUGCACUGUAUUUUGCGCAGUGCGAGAAUCCAAAUGAGACAUGGCUACCGCUGCUGGAGAAGGCAUACGCAAAGGCACAUGGAGAUUACAGCGCGAUCGAGGGGGGCUUCACCGGAGAGGGUAUCGAGGAUUUGACCGGAGGUGUGACCAGUGAGAUCUACACGACAGAUAUCCUCGACAAGGAGCACUUUUGGAAAGAAGAGCUCAUGAAGGUCAAUGACUUGUUUCUCUUUGGCUGCUCGACGGGCGUCUGGGGACGCGGCUGGGGCGAGCGGAAAGGCAUCGUUGAGUUACAUGCAUACAGCGUCAUGAAGGCCGUGGAGAUCGAUGGCGUACGCUUAGUCCUGCUUAAGAAUCCAUGGGGUAAGCAUGAGUGGAAGGGUCCUUGGAGCGAUGGCAGCAAGGAGUGGACACCAGAGUGGUUGACCAAGCUGGGCCAUCGUUUCGGUGAUGAUGGCUCAUUCUGGAUAUCCUAUGAUGACCUGCUCAAGAAGUAUCAGGCGUUCGAUCGUACUCGUCUUUUUGGCCCGGACUGGAAGGUUACUUCCAUCUGGACAACUCUGUCCGUGCCAUGGACGCUUGAGUACCAUGAUACCAAAUUCGCCUUCACAUUAGCCAAGGCCGGUCCCGUUGUCCUCGUCCUAUCCCAACUAGACGAGCGGUAUUUCAAGGGCCUUGAAGGGCAAUACCGCUUUGAGCUGAGCUUCCGACUCCACAAAGCAGGCGAGGACGACUACGUCGUGCGCAGCCAGACGUACUACCGCAUGAACCGCAGCGUCAACGUGGAACUAGACCUUGAGGCGGGUGACUACACAGUCCUCGUCAAGAUCGACGCGCAGCGCGACGACCAACUGCUGCCGCCCGAGGAGGUCGUGCGCGCUAACGCCAAGCAGCGCCGCGAGAAGUUGAUCCGUAUCGGUCUGGCGUACGACCUGGCGCACAGCAAGGGCAAGAUCAUCGAGAGCGCUGAGGAGAAGGUUGCGCGCGAGGCGUAUGAAAAGCGCAAGCGCGACAAGCUGAGGAAGGAAUACCGCAAGAAGGUCAUGGAGAAGCGCCACGAAGACUACUAUCUUGAUGUGAAGCAUGUCGCCAAGGAGCGCAAGCGCGCCGAGAAGAAGAAGGCUAAGAAGAAGGAAAGGAUCGAGAAAAAGAAAGCUGAGCGAGAAGCUAAGCUUGCGGAACUGAAGAAGAAGAAAGAGGAGGAGGCCAAGGAGAAGGAAGGUCAUGAGUCUAAAGAGUCUAAAGAGUCUAAAGAGACGGAGAAGGAAGCUGUUGAGUCUAAGAAUGAAGAUGGCGAGAAGAUUGCGCCAGAGAGUCAGGGGAGCAAACCACCUAUUGACGGGCAAAAUCCAGAUGUUGUUGUUGGGCCCAAAGAGACCAAGGGUCAAGAAUCCGAAGAGAAAGACCUAGUCGAAGAGACCAAGAAGAGCGAGGAUGAAGAUGCUAGGGUCGAGAAGCAUGUUACGAUUGAUGCCCCUGAGACGGAUUCGAGGGAUGAUGCUGGUAAGGAUGGCGAUUCGAGUACGGAUCAGGGAGAAAAUACGCCGGCAAGCUCUGUGCACGACAAAUUUCCUGACGAGGAUGAAAGCAGGGAGACAGAGCCUCUUGAGUCCGAUAAAGCAGAGUCGAAGCACCAGCUGCCUCUUCCAGCCGAAGAGCUGAAGGUUGAGAAAUCUGAGUCGCCAACCGCUGUUGAACAAGCAACCAGCAGUCACCAGCCAGCCGCUGAAAUAUCAGAGCCUAAAGAAGAAGCAGUCCAGAAGGACCGAUCUGAGAAGCCAAGCGAUGACAAGUCAAGUGAGGAGCCACCGAAAGACUCAAAGCUGCGCGAGCAAGAGCCGCUCGCUCCCAGUGCUAGCGAUGCUAGCGAUUCCAAAUCUUCAGAGCGUCCCAUGCUCGAACCCAAGAUCUCCUCAGAAGUCAUAUCCGAGGGUUCAUCGAAGAAGGAUCAGGCUGUUCAGACUGCUGUCGGCAUUGAAUCGCCAAUGAGUGAUCGAUCACGAAGUCCUUUCCCACCUGGUCCACCUGGACUUCGACCACGUCAUCCCGGUGAUCUCGAUUCUGACUCCGAUACAGACGAUGACCUUCGUAGUAUCUCAAGUGUCUCUGAGAUAUCGGAUCGAGAACUCGACAUCCAGAUGGAGCAGAACAAGCGCAUAGUGAGCUCAUUACCGAUUUUGCCGCCUCCGCCAUCGGCUGUUCCUCCCGUUCAGGAAGAAGACGAAUUUGAGAAAGACCCCUGGAAUGCUGUCAUUGUUGUCGGCUUACGACUAUACUACAAGGUGGCAGACGAAGAUAAGGACAAGGAGACUGUCACUUUGAGAGUGGAGCGUCCGAACCCAUACGCUGAUGACGACGAGGAUGAAGUCAAGGGUAAGAAAGAAGACGAAGGUAACGAAAGCAAGGUAUUAGACGUGGACGACUCCGCCAAAGACGCAACAUUAGAUGCCGAAGAGGCCGAGAAGAAGACGGGCAUUCUGCCGGAAGACGAAGCCGAGAAGAUUGACGGCAAAGAACCAGAGAUCCAGACUCAGGAGGCGACGGAAACAGUCGACGCCAAGGUUGAGGCCGUCAGAAAGGAGGCGGAACAAGAAAAGACAGCGCACGACGAAGCUGUCAUGGAAUAA